AUGACGACACUAGUUGUCGUGUUCAUAAUGGUGACGGCCAUGCUGGAGCUGAGCAUGGCUCAGGAGACGUGCGACGUGAGCGAUCUGAGCCCAUGCGGGCCGGCGGUCAUGAUUCGGUCGGACCCGACAACUGAAUGUUGCAGUAUUCUGAAGGAGCUGAGGCCCAAGUGCUUUUGCGAGUACCUUAAAAAUCCCGUCUAUCAAAUGUAUGAGCAUAAUGCUAGACAAGUUUUUAAGGAUUGUGGUUUGCAUGCUCCUACCUGUUAA